AUGCCGCACAUAGUAGUACUAGGCGCCGGCGUAAUCGGCCUAAGCUCCGCGCUCCACCUCCAGUCCACCGGCCACACCGUCACCAUCGUGGCGCGGGACUUCCCGUCCGGCUCGGAGACCAUCGACGCGCAAGCCCAAAUCAACUACACGUCGCCGUGGGGCGGCGCCCACAACCGUCUCGUGCCGCCUUCCAGCGCGGCCGAGGAGUGCGAGCACGCCAUGAGCCUGCGCACCUUCGACCACAUGCGCGCCGUGCAGACGCGCCACCCCGAGGCCGGGAUCACCUUCAUGAAGGGCAUCGAGUACCUCGAGGCGCCUAGCCCGGCGUACCUCGCGCUGAGCGAGGAGCGGGCGAGGACCGAGUUGGGGAUGCGUGGAUUCCGGCCUCUGGGCAAGGCGGAGCUGCCGGAUGGCGUGGAGUGGGGGUGCGAGUACGAGACCUGGUGCGUGAAUCCUAUGGUCUACUGCGCAUUUCUGCUGCGUCGGUUUGCGAUUCUAGGGGGUAGAGUGCUGCGCAGGGAGGUGAGGGAUCCGAGGGAGAUAUUUGCGUGGGCUUUUGAGGCGGGGCCUGUUGAUGUGCUGGUGAAUGCUUCAGGGGUUGGGUUUGGUGAUGAGAAUGUGUUUAUUACGAGGGGCCAGACUUGUCUCGUGGCCAACCCGUGCCCUGCAACUGUGACACGGCAAAACGCAGACGGAUCGUGGACGUUCUGUGUCCCGCGGAACUUUGAUGGCGGCACUAUCAUCGGUGGUACUAAAGAGCCUAAUAAUUGGGACCCGAAUCCGUCCCCGGAAGUGCGCGAGACCCUCUUGCGAAAAUUCGCGGCAACAUACCCCCAAAUCCUAGAUCGCGAAGGUAAGUUUACGGUGAUGAAGGACAUUGUCGGGCGACGGCCAACUCGUAAGGGUGGGAUAAGGUUAGAGAAAGAAACAGUUGACGAGAACAAGACUAUCAUCCAUGCUUAUGGCUUAGGUGGCCGUGGGUACGAGCUGAGCUGGGGAGUUGCGGAUGGCGUCGCGCAGCUGUUGUCAGAACACCUAGAGUCCAGUACUUCAUGGUAUAAUGCCCAGGCCGGAGAAGCAAAGCUUUGAUUCCGGUCAUUAAUGGAUGUAUUGCCUAUCAAUCACUCUAGCAGGUGCCUAGUACAGUGCGAAACACCGCAGUAUAUACACAGACAUUUACCAAGGAAGCUUCUCAUUCUUCAAGUUGAAGAACUCACCAGACGCUUCAUCUCGGGUCGCCCCAUCGAUCUACACUAGACGGUCAGCAAGAUAAGAGACGCGAAGUCAAUGCAACUAACCACUUUCAUCAUACCCUCCACGC